AUGUCCAUAGCCACUGCUAAAAAGCUACAAGAAGUGUCAAGGCUCAUGAGUUCGUUUCCCUCAGAUUUGAAUUGUUUUCUGGCAAACCAUGGAAUAAAUUGGAAAUUUAUUCCCCCCUAUGCUCUGCAUUAUGGAGGCCUCUGGGAGGCCGCCGUCAAGUCAGCCAAGAAUCUGCUACACCGCUGUAUAGGUGAUGCACCCCUCAAUUAUGAAGAAUACACCACCAUUUUCACACGAAUAGAAAGCAUCUUGAACAGCCGCAUGCUCACCGAAUUGUCCUCACAGCCUACUGAAGCCACCACAGUCCUGACUCACGGUCAUUUCCUGGUUGGUGGACCUCUUAACGCGCCGCCACAGCCUAUUGAGAGUAAAGCCACUCGUCACCCACCAUUGGAGACAUCUAAAUCAGAUGACUCAACAUUUCUGGAGCUGCUGGUCUAA